AUGGACGUCUCCAGUAUGAAGUGCAGUACCUUCUCCGAGCUCAUGGGGCGCGCUGCAGAAAGCUUCGGGCGUGUGGAUGUGGUGGUGGCCAAUGCCGGGACAGGUGUUGCAAAGUUGCUUGUUGGGUCGGAGCUGACCCAGCUUGACGACUUGAUGGAGGCGCAGAUCUCGACAAAUCUUAUGGGCAGCCUCAGAUGCGCCAUUGCUGCGGGCCAAGUGAUGGCCAGCGACGGCCAAGGUGGUCGAAUUUGCAUCGUGUCCUCGGCGGCUGGCUUGAUCUCCUUGCCAGGCUACUCCAUCUACUCUGCCACCAAGUUUGGACACCGAGGCUUCCUAGCGGGUGCCUACCACGAGCUGCGCCGACAUGGUGUCCAUCUCUCAGUCUACUAUCCAGGUAGUAUCAACACUCCGGGCUUUCAAGAAGAAAAACGACAGAUGCCGCCGGUCACCUUGAGGAUUGAGUCACAAUGCUCCGAUGUCUCAAGCGCUGAGAGCGUGGCGGACAUCCUGCUCAGAGGCAUCGAGAAUGGAACAAAGGAGAUCACCAACGAGCUUCUACCUUCUCUAGUUGUGGAGGCGCCCACUGGAUGUGCGCCCUUGGAUGCUGUCGUGGCAGCAGUGACACAGCUCAUCCGAGCUGGCUGGUCGCAGUACCUCCACCUGAUGUCGAAGUGGUACGUGCCAAGCCUGGUUCGACAUGGUGACUGA